UAAAGGAGGGACCGGAUCAUGUUUAUGGAGUUAGGAAGAAGAGCAAGAUUGUUGUCAUGAGAAGCUUUUUGGAUCAAAUGUGGAGCUUCAGGGUGUGUGUGAGGCCCGCGUUGGCGCUUCUGGUGCUGGGAUGCUCGGGUCUGGUGAGCUGCGAUAUCACGGACGGAAACACGGAGCAUUUGAAGAGGGAGCACUCCUUAAUGAAACCGUAUCAAGGUGUGGGCAGCAGCCCGUCUAGUCAGUGGGACUUCUGGGGAAGCACUUUAGUGACGAGCUCGUACGUCCGACUCACUCCAGAUGAGAGAAGCAAGCAGGGAUCUAUCUGGAACACUGUGCCUUGUUACCUGAAGGACUGGGAGAUGCACGUGCAGUUCAAAAUUCACGGGUCGGGAAAGAAGAAUCUCCACGGCGACGGCAUCGCCAUCUGGUACACAAAGGACAGACUGCAUCCAGGCCCUGUGUUUGGAAACCAAGAUCAGUUUCUUGGCCUGGCUAUGUUUUUGGAUACCUUCCGCAAUGACCUCCAUGGGAUGGAUCGUUCUUUCCCGUACAUCUCGGCCAUGGUGAACAACGGCUCGGUGAGUUACGAUCACGGCAAAGACGGCCGAUCGUCGGAGCUGGGAGGCUGCUCGGCCGAGAUCAGGAACAGAGAGCACGACACGUACCUCGCCAUCCGCUACUCCAAAGGAAGACUCACUGUGAUGGUUGACGUGGACGACAAGAACGAGUGGAAGGAGUGCAUCGAUAUCGGAGGCGUUCGUCUUCCUACUGGAUAUUUCUUCGGUGCCUCAGCAGCUACGGGAGAUCUGUCCGAUAACCACGACAUCAUCUCCAUGAAGCUCUACCAGCUGAUGGUGGAACACACACCCGAGGAAGAGAACCUGGACUGGACCAAGAUCGAGCCCAGCGUCAGUCUCCUCAAGUCUCCAAAAGACAACAUCGACGAUCCGACCGGUAACUUCCGCGGAACGCCUCUCACCGGCUGGAAGGUCUUCCUGCUCCUGCUGUGUGCUCUGCUGGGAAUCGUGGUGUGCGCUGUGGUGGGAGCCGUAGUUUUCCAGAAGAGACAGGAGAGGAACAAGAGAUUUUACUGAGGAAGGAGAAGAAAGAGAGAUAGCGAGAGAGAGAGCAAGAAAGAAAGAAAGAGAGAGAGGUUUUUGUCGUGGAAUGAACUGUUUCCAGAUGACAGAUUCAGCACAUUCAAUGUGAAUUUUUUUUCUAAAGAUUGUACAGAUGUUUAUAUCUUUGAAGCACUGCAUCAGGAGGGAAAUACAGUAACGUGAUGUCGGGUAAGAAGGCGCAAAACUAGUGGCGACCAUUAUGAGAGUGAUCCUGAUCAAUGCUGUUUUGUUUUUGGGUUUUUUUUUUUGUCUUUUGUGUUCGUUCAUCGCAGGGUUAGAAUCAACAAACUGUCAUUGUCCAGUUUUUCCAUCUCUCCUAAAAAGACUCUGUUCCUACGUGAUUGUCACUUCAUCAGCUUCCAACCCUUCCAGCUUUUUUUAUGCUGCAGAUUGUGAACUUUGGCGUUUAAUUGUGUUUUUUUUUUUUUUUUUUUUCCUUUUUGUUGUGUUGUAUUUCAGGGUAUUUUACAUGAUUGUUGAUCAGAAGAAGCAACGUGGCUCCUCAUAGAAAAAUCAGCUGGAUUUUUGUUUUAGGAUCAGUGACCGAUGUUGCGUGCUGCUCUGCUAUAACACAAUAAUGUCCCCCGAAUAUCCGCGUUUAACGACAACAGACACCAUCAAAAUUUAUUGAAAUGUGUUACUGCUGCUCUCAUUUUCAUAUUUACAGACUUUAAUCUUUUGGUUGCGUUUGUUAUGUUAAAAUAACUUUAAAUAGAUCUUCCCCACAUGUAUUUGAGAGAGAACUGGAUGAUGGGAUUAUUGUGGGUUAGAAAAACCUAUAUUUUUCCUCUUUUUUUUUAAAUAACCACUGACUACGUAAUGUUUUCCUAAUUUUUUUUUUUUAAAUUAAUGGCGAAAUAAUUACAGAAACACAAACUGAAUCACAGCAAAUCAACUGUCAAUCAAACUGUGUGACGACUGCUAAGACAUCUUUCCUCUUUGGAUGCCUUUUAUUUGGAUGUUUACUGUCUCUGCUCAUGCUAAACAACCAGUUCUGUUUAUUCCAAAUUAAUAUUAUGGGGCUUUACGCAAUGUUUUAGACCCUUUCCACUAACAUGGAUGACAUUUAUAUAGAAUAAAACCUUUUAAUCGUCGUUAAAAAAAGUAAUUAAAACUCCACUUUCGGUUGAGAAAGAGUGUUGAAUCCUUCCCGUGUUAUAUUCAGAGGUUCGGUAGUGAUCUUAAAAUGUAACGAUCGUCACUCAGUUCAGGCCGAUUCUUGACAAACAGUAUCAUUUUGCAUCAUGAUAGUAUAACCUCUGAAGUUGAUAUGAAUGAAGUGUUGUGAAGCUGUUGCUACUCUCUCUGUAGUAUCUAAUACAGCAGAACAUUUUACGCUGUUAAUGUCUUUUUUUUUUGCCCCUUCAGGGUCUUUCUGAGCAGCGUUUUCUUUUUGUGUGGGGGGAGGGGUUUAUCCAGAAUAUGCCUUUAUUAUCAUUCUAAGUGUUUGUUUUUUCGGUUAAAGGUGCCCUGAGGAGUUUUCAUGUGAACAAAACAACGUCAGUGUUACUCACCCAAACUCAUUGUGUGUGUGUGCUCAGGUUUAACAAAACAUGUCAAAUCAAUUUUUUUU